AUGUUAGUCCAACCCACACCGCCGCGCUCUGCUUCGGCUGCGUCGGAACCGCCGUCGGAGAGCCCGCAGGCACCGGAUCCGGACCACCACCAACAACCUAAAGGCCGACGAGCAGCCGGGUGUCGUCCUCGCCAUCGACGACGACGGUGCCGCCGACGCCGCGAAGCGAGGGCGAGAUCCUCCAGUCGGCCAACUUUGGAUUUUUUUGCCGACCUGCUCUCCGACGGCGAGUUGCAGCGCUGCUUGUCUAUAUCCGGAGAAUUGGGAGUGUACGUUGCCGGAACGGCGGCGGGGCCCCCUCCUCUCUCGGACUCCACGGCAGGUCAUCUCUCCCCUGCCGUCGUCGACCACCUCCCCGCCGGCGCCACACGCUUGCACCUGCACGCAUCAGCAAGGAAGCCGUCGACCACGGAGCCAGUCCCGACGCACCUGCAUCUGCACGCCGGUGCCACUCACCUGCAUCUGCACACAUCUGCAUCAAGGCAAAGAGCUCGCCGGAGUAAAAAGCCACCGGACGACUUGCUCGGAGCAUCGGCGACUCCGCGGGCACCUCAACAAACUGCCCUUGCACCCAAUGGCACCACAAAGCCAGUUGUCCCUUUGUCCCAUGGUUGUCCAAAACCUGAUGAUGGUUUUAACCAGCUAACCGGAGUGCAGAGGAGUAGCAGCAAUAGCAGCACGGGCAGGAUCAGAAGAGGAGAAGCAGCACGGGCAGGGUCAGAGGAGGAGCAGCAGCACGGGCAGGGGAGAGGGAGCAGCAGCAGCAGCACAGGCAGAUCUCCACCGGCGAGCUCCUGGUCCACCAGAUUGUCGAGGCAAGCUCCGGCAACGCCAGUAGGGGAUCGCGGCGGCGCACGUGCGGGAGCUCCAGGAGGAUGCGCGGGAGCACGAGAGAGGACGCACGCGGGGGCUCCAGGAGGAUGCGCGGGGGCUCCAGGAGGGAAGCGCGCGGCCUCGAGGAAGACGUGGCAGGAGAUUCCGGCGAAGCCCGCAGGCAGUGGGAGGAGACCACGGCGGCGCAGGUUUGGGCUGCGGCGGCAGAGGAGGUAAUUGGCGAAGGCGGCGAGAGCAGGUACUUGGCGACGGAGAAGGAGCUCAGCUGGGCUCGCCGGCCCCUGGCGAAUCACGCAGCUAGGCGGCGCCGGCCCCUGGCGACGCGCAGGCGACGGGCAGAGGAAGAAGACGGGGCGGAGGGACUUGUUUGAAACGCUUUUGAAACCAUGAGGUUUUUUUUGCAAAAUUACCGGUGAACUACGCCCGCGACAUGUUUUUUAGGGCGGAGGGAGUAGGAUUCAGACUCUUUCAUUGAGUAUAUCUUUUUGGGUGUUAUUUUGGUACUGAGUCGGACUGACUAUGGCAUGUACGUAUACACGGCCCGGUAUGAUGUGGCCCUGGACGUGAACGUGGUGUAUGUAUCUAAGUAGGAUUCAGACUCCUGUAUGUAUCUAAGUAAGAUUCGGACUCUUU